UUUUUCUUAGCACUCUUGGUAAACUUCAGUUCCUCUGGUUACUUCUUAAUGAGCUCCUCUACAGGAUUACUUAACAAGAUUAGAAGAAAGAAAAAGAGAAAAAUCCCUUUCCAUCUGCCUACCUGCCACAGGAUCGCCAGAGUUAUACACCUGCGCUUUGACGACCUAGAUAGUACUUUCUAACAAUAAUAACAUACUGUCAUUACUAUCAGUGGAUACUGUGUAACAGGUAUGCCCAGGUGUUGGAAGCUUUGGUUACAUCGUCCGAAGUGAAUCAGCAACUAUUGCACAACAGCUUAAUUUUCAAGCCACAGGAAGUCACUAUGUGGAAGCUCAUAUGGACCUGCACCUUGUGUUGUUUAAGCUGCAUUUUUGCAAUAGGCCAGCUGGAUAUUACUGCAGAGAAAGCUAAACGGAUUCCCAUGCUUAUGAACACAGAUAAGCGCUCACAAAGAUUGUUUCAAAUGUUUGUGGAAAAGCCUGGAGACCAAGAACACUUGCCAAGACGUAAGCGAAAUGUUUUUCUGUCCAGUGGAGUACGCCUUUGCCAUCAAGAAACAGUGCAGCAAGCCAUCACUAACCACCUGAAAUACUACCAGCUCAGAGUGUGUCAGGAAGUUGUGUGGGAGGCCUUUAAAAUCUUCUUGGAGCGCCUCCCCCGUCAGCAAGAGUACCAGAGCUGGAUGAGCCAAUGCCAGACAGAGAGAGUCUCCAUACGGGAGAUUGGCACUUACUUUAGCCAAUCAGAGGAACACUUAGCACUUGUCCACAGAAGACUUGCACAGACGGGACUGAAAAGUAAGACACCUACAUACUCAGUAUGCAGACCAGAGGAUUCUUCCCAAGAGCAAGACAAUGUGCCACCAGGUGAUGAGCUUCCAGCAGAGACUACUGUGUUGGUGACCACAACGGUUCCAGAUGAGGUCAUCUCUGAGAGUGUGAAGGAAGUUACUGCAGAAGCACCAUACGUUGUCAUGACAAUGGAGCUGGAUACUGAGAUCACUAAUGAGAUUGAGCAGGAGGCAGCUGCUUUGCCUACACAUCCUCUGGUUGAACAGAGGGUGGAGCUGGCUUUGUUACUGACUGGAGAACCAUGGAGUGAAGAGCUGUUCAACUCCACCAGCAGUGAGCAUCGCAGACUCACUCAGCAGAUCACAGAGAAGAUAUCCGCUGCUUUGGAGAAACUGACAGAAUUUAAGGGUGUGUCAGUAUUGAACAUCAGGCCACAGGUGGAUCCCUCAAGACCAACAGUGAAGUAA